UUUCCUGUGUAUCUGCCAAUGUUGUUGAACAAUAUACCCAUGGCAGACGACAAAAUGUGAGGUACGAAGGAUGGGAAGAUGACAGAAGAUUCUAGUCUUCAAGAUGACGACUUGUACCUGGUACAGGUACGCGCCCAGGUCAUGACCAGGGACGACUCCACAGGGGGAUGGGUGCCCAUGGAAGGGGGUGGACUCAGUUUGGUGGGCCUUAAAAAGUUACUGCUAACCACCACGGGCUCAGAAUCUGACACCAGAUCAGAGUAUCUUAUAUUCGGCCAGCGAAUUGCAGACGACUCUGUGGUUCUGGAUUGUGUUCUUAAGAAAGACAUUCAAUACACACAAGCUAACCCCACCUUCCACCACUGGCGGACAGAUGACAAACGUUAUGGCCUCACAUUUGAACGAUCAUCCGACGCCAAGGCCUUUGAUCGAGGAAUCAAACGGGCUGUGGCCGAUUUAGUUGAAGGUUCUCCUGAAUCCUCCACCAAUCCAGAUGUGGGAGAUGACGAAGUCUUCAUGACAAUUGAUCUUCCUCUCGGACGUAAAGGCAGCUCUCAGUCAGCCAGUACAACGUCAACGACCACCAGUAGUCCCACCCCACAAUCCCCCGUCUCAGGGCUGCCCAUUCAUUCGGGACCAGACUUCUGCUCCCAGUUCACUCACCCUCAUGCAAAUCAUCACCAUCUUCACCGGGUGCACUACCUGCCUAAACCCCCUCAUCACCGCCCCGUAACACCGCCCAGCGAGAAGAGCUCCCCAAGCAAGGUGGACAGUCUGGACACAAGCAGCUCUGGUAAGGAGGAUGUGUGGGUGCGAGCUGAUGAUCCCACCGCCCUCAGCGGUAAGUCCGAGCAGGCUCUCCUCGACUCCUGCUUGGACACGUGUAACGUGGAAAUCACAAACUCUUACGUGACAUUUGAGAAGAACAAGUCUGUACCUCAUGAAUAUAGCUACCCAAAUUUAGAGUCAUUUCCAAAGCCACCCACGAAGAGAGACUCGAUUAGUAGUGUUAAAAAGCAUACAUUUAACACGCAACCCCAGCUGCCCACAAAGGGCAAAAAGACAAAGGACAAACGGAAAAGCCAGAGCGGUCGGCCGUUGGUGGCGCGAGCCCGAUGUCAGCAUUGUCAUGACUGGUACUCCCCCGAGGAAAAUUACAGGGGUGCAUGUGGGGACGCCCCGGACAAUGUCAGCAAGUGUAUAGAGAAGGGCACCUGUUUAUUCUGUGCUCGAGGAUUACUCUACCACUGUAUGUCCGAUGCUGACGGCGACUAUGGAAAACUCUGUGUUUGUGAUACCAGUGACAAUUCCAACUGUAAAAAGUGGACAGCGCUAACAAUUUUGUCCUUGUUUGUACCGUGUCUUUGGUGCUAUUGGCCCUUGACUGCCUGCCACUCAUGUGCGGUGGCAUGUGAAUGCUGUGGGAGUCGACACAAGACAGCAUGACCACUUGCACAUCUCUUAAUAUGCACCUUUCCACAUAAAGAUUAUGACAUUGUAUUCCCGAGUUCAUGCCCGCCAGACUGUCCCACACACAUACAUACGUACAUACAGAGGUGACGCUUCACGAAUUACCUACGCCAGUGCUGAUCAUUGUACAUCACGCGGCCUGAAGUUGAGGCUGACUUGUAUACCGUGUGCUUACUCUCCCCUUCUAGACACAGCCAAGGGGAGAGAAGUGGGCUUGCACAUGUUGACAUGAUGGGUAGGGGGUGGGGUGUUCACCUGAUUGUUUAUUUCACUUGUGUUUCAUGUACCCACCGGUAAUGUCUUCUUGCAUGUUCUCACGUUAGCCUCCUUGUGCUCAAGGGAACAGACGUACACAAGUGUUAUAUGGCAUUAUUUUAGGGUACUUUCAUAUCUUUUAACAUUUUUCUUUUCCAAGUCUCAAUGGCUGGUGUGUUGCACAACAGUAAUGCUUCAUACAUGGUAAUGGCUAGAGAUGGUUUGUGCUGGUCAGGUGUAACCCCUCACAGAACUCAUCAUGUUAUAUAGCAUUAUCUGAUCGUUACCUUUAUUUAUUAUUAUUUUACCAUUAAUUGUGCUUGUUACAGUGUGCCAAAGUACUGUACAUUGUUGUUGCCUGUGAGAGCGUGGUCACAGGUGUGCCAUUUCUCAUGGACUGUACAUGUGUUAAGGAAUACCUUGUUUUGCCAGUUGCUACAGAUGGAGGGGAACCCCAUUUAUAUGCAUAUGGGUUGGCUGAUUCAAAGUCUGUUGUGUACUGUUAUAUGUUCAUCAAUAUUACGUUAUGAAGUCAGAAAAGAACUAUGAAGUGUUAAUAAAAAUAUUGCUACACAACUUUUUAUCACCAGUGAAAUUUUUGCAGUAUACAGAGCUGUACUCAUUGGCUUUCCAUUUAUUUGCUGAUCCACAAAAUUGUAGCAAAUUAAUACGUGUAGUGUGAAUUCCUCUGAAUUAAGGAAUUUUUCAACUUUACGACACUAGCUCCCAAAUUCUCCAUGAAGCUUUGUGUAUGGAAGUUUUGCACUCUAUUUCGUACAAAUAAAUUGAUAAAUUUAAUUGUUAAAGAAGUUGUGAUGAAAUGUAAGCAAUGGCAUUUUUGUUAUGGUCUACCUUGUUCUGUGGUGAUAUUGUUGAUUUAUGUAAAAAGAAAAAAAAUGCUGUGAAGGCUGGAGAGUGUUUAAUUUAUUCUGGCUGUAGUUUCGUUCUGUAAGCUUUGAAGUACAGGCAGGGUUUUAGACAUUCAGUUACUCUGUCCCUUGCUGCACCCGUAAACCCCGAUGUAAUAUACUUGUGAAAAUGGUAUAUGUAUAUAGCCCCUCGUUCAAAAAGUGCUAUAGCUCUCACUGUUGUUGAUCACCAUUGGUCCUGUGUACAGUUAUGCAGUUGGCAAUAUAAAUUAAAGCAAAUCUAUAAGCUUGACAGUUGUUAUCGUUACCCUGUGAUAAGCAGUGGUAGUUUCGUGGUUAUUAUUUUUUUAUCAAUUUUUUGGUCUUUCCGUGCUGCACUCUUCAUUUCUGCCAUGUCCGGUAUUAUCUUGUCAAACAGAUGGCAAAAACCGAGCUGUAGUCUCCAAUCUUGUACAUACCGGAACUUAGUCUUCUGAGUUUCCACGCCUUGGUAGGAAAUGCUGACCACAUUGCCGACAGUUAUUAGAUCCAGUCGAAUAAUUGACUGCCACCAAACUCUCAUUCCGUCCAACAACCUGAAGUCAGUAGGAGUCAACCAUUUUAAUGUACACAAAUAAUACAUAUAUACCUUUAUAUGUGUAUGAAUAUAUAUCCUCUAAAUAUUGAGUAGCCUUAAAACCAUGCACUUUUAGAGCUACAUUUCACUGUUGUUUUUCUUAGUUGAAGAAGUGCUGCGUAUGUCGCGAAAGUUUGCAACUGUCCUUCAAAGAGAAAGAAAAAAUGGAAAGAUAACCAUCUGCAGUGUGACAUUUACCCUUUUAACUAUUUAAAUGAAGUGUUAAACAUUUGGAUCCUGGAACUGCAUAAAUAUUGCAAAUUCCAGUUGCAACAAUUCAUUAGGCUGUAACAAUGGAAUUGAUUUUUCACAGAAUAAUUCUAGUAGCUUCAAGUUCCACCAGUUUAUUCUAUUUACAUGGAUUUGUGGCUAAACCUUUUCUCCAUGUGGAAUCAGCAUUGAAAUUAAACAGUGCAAGUCAAGUUAAAAAGUGUCAGUGUAAAAUGCCUACAUAGAAUCUUGUGCAGCUAGCGGUUAUGUCGGCCUAGUGUUUAACUGUCCAAGAAUGUAGUUUGUAUUUCUGGCAUAGUUAUUUUGAUAUCUUUCACAUGUACUGUUAUUUGACUACAGGUGUGUAAAGUUUAUUUUUGGGCUAAACAUAAUGCUUGCACCUGUACACUACUUUGUUACGUUUUCCCCCUUAACUUUGUUGUUGUUGGUGUGCAUUGUUAUUUCCCUCCAACCGCCCCCCCCCCACCAUCACACCCUUUUACUCCCCUCCAUCUGUGGCAGAAUUGAUAAUUGGCUUGCUAUAGAGAGCUAUAUACUGUAUAUAUAUGUAUCAUGGGUUAUUUACUUUUUACACAUUAUGGGAGUUGCCAUAACCAAGCGAUACGUUGUCAUGGCAUUGUGAAUGAUUGGCUCAGAUUCGCAGUGACGUGCAAUGUUUUUUGUGGGUCACAUUACUACGUAAUCCAGGACCAUGCUCCAGUUUGAUGGAAGGAUCACGUAGGUGCUACUACCGUUGCUGUGGUUACGGGUAGUCUGUAUUUUAAAAGCCAAAUUUUAUACACAUCUUGUAAAUAUACGUAUGAAAACAAAGUACAAUGGUCAUCGUGGCCAAGUUUUUGAAUCAAAUUAUAUCAUAGUUCACAAAAUGACUAUUUUUAUGAGGAUGGACUCUGGAAUGUUGUAUAGAUGUGCUAUGCAAUAGUCGUCUGCGUUUAUUUGAAAAGCUUCAAAUUUGGACCAGACUGUUAGAAAUCAAUCAUAUUCUGUCAAAUUUAAAUUUUUUGUUGAAUUUUGUGGUUCUUAAUUGUCCCAAUUUGUUGGUUGUCUAAUUGUCUUUGACACUUUUUCCUCAUGUAUUUUGUUCUUAUAUUUCAACCCUCCCUGCGGAAGAUCUGGCACACAGAGCUGGGCAGACGAUGCAAGACCUUGUCACACACAAUUUGCAUAGGUCAAGUAUAAGUCAGCCCUUAACUGUGGGGCUCUCAGCCAGUCUACCACCCAUUGUGAUACAUUAAACGGUUGGUGAGUAAUGCCCCACCAAUCAUCAAAUUUUUAUAUGCUGCUGAACACAGACCAGUACAUGUUGACCGGUGGACAACUUGGCUGAAUGUAUCUAUUUCAACCAGCUCUGCUUCCUAUUACAGCUAAGCUAGACCAUGCUUACACAGUGUGGCCAUUGUUAAAUUGAACCUAUAAAUAAACUGGGCACUUACGAAACGUC